UCAUCAGGACCCACAACAGUGAACAUUUAUUAAGCCUUUGCUUCCCCUCCUCAAGAAAAAUACAGAGAGAAAAAUAAUCAUACCUCCUCAUUUCAUCAGUGAAUACUGACUGAAACCCAACCAGAAAAGCUUAAAAAACAAAUAGCAAGAGGUAGAGUACCCACCACUUUAUACCUUCUAAACAACUCUCCUAAGCAACCUCACUUCCUCAGAUCAAUCCAAGUACUUUUAACUCUCUUGCAGCUAGCUUAAAUACAGACCUCAUCACCACUCUCUUUCUCUAACCUUGCUCAGUAGAUUAGAAUUCGAUUCGAUCAACUUCAAAGCCUGGCAGCUGGUAUUGCAUUAAUGGAGCAAGCACGGUACUGGAUGUGGGCAAAGCGCAAGCACAGUAGUCUGAUGAGUGCUUCUCAUGAAGUUCAGGUGCCUUCCCAUGACGAAUCGUCGUGGGAAGAACAAGCUUUUGCAGAAGAUGCAGCGGGGCCUCUCGGAGGUUGCAUAUGGCCACCGAGAUCUUAUUCCUGCAGCUUCUGCAGGAGAGAGUUUCGUUCGGCUCAAGCUCUUGGCGGCCACAUGAAUGUCCACAGGAGAGACAGAGCUAGACUCAAGCAGUCCCCCAAUAAUGACCAAAAUGUCGAAACUGCCCAUCAUCAUCAGAAUCAUCAGGAUAUCUCUGUCCAAAUCAAUCCCUUCUCAUCAUCUCUGGGCACUUUUCAUCAAUACCCAUCUCAUCAUCAAGUUUGUGCCUUGGUUUAUAACCCUAAUAACCCUAGUUCAGAUCCUCCCUCAUCGCCUUCUAGGGUUUCGACUCAAUUACCAGGUAAAGAUCAAAAUUGUGGUCAAGAGAAAAUUACCUUGAAUAUCCCAACUUCUAGGUCAUCCUCUGUAUCAUCUCCUCCGUCCAGGUCAAUCUUGACCGCAAAUAGAUAUUAUAAUAACUCUGUUGCAAGAAAGACUGAAGCUGCAGAGAAGAUCUCGAGAAUUGUGGAAUCUGGGCCAUGUAGGGCUAAUAAGGGUGCUGAUUAUGUUACAGCUGAUUUGUCUGUGAGUUUGAAUUUGGUCGUCCGCUGUGCUCGUCCAUCUGUGUCAGCUGGUGGUGAUGAAAAUGAAGCUAUCAUUAGUUGCAAGAGAAGAAAAAUAAUGGAGGAGAAGCAAUCAUCCAAAGAUUCUUUACCUCUUUUCCUAAAAUCGGAGGGUUUUGAAGUACUUAGCCGCCCCAGCUCCAUUGAAGAGUUGGAUCUUGAGCUCAGGCUCGGACACCGGCCUAAGGUAAUCAAAUAGCAGAACCUGAUUGAUCAUCAACUGCUGAUAUAUAGACAUAUUACAUGACCUUCUGUUAAUUCGAUCAUGUCGGUUGGCGUUCUUCCUUUUACAUUUAAUUUUGCCUUUAAUCUUGAGGCCAAGGCCUCUAUGCUUGAUUUGUUUGGACCUCUUGGCUUUCUUGGAGUGUGCUAUAUUAUGAAUUUUUAGGGUGUAA